AAAGAAUCGUAGAAAGGGGAAAAAGAAAAAAAAAAAAGAGAAUCGUAGAACACAAAACACAGAUCAAAGUGCAUGUGAUCGAAUCGAUCACGCUUCCACCGUACGAGUAGUGUACAUAAAUAUAUAAAAACUUGUCUGUUCACAGAUUCUCCGCCGUCGGGAUAAAUCCAUCCAAUCACCGUUUGCCACCUGCCUGCCACUGUUACCAUUGAUCCUUUACAAUGCAAAGAUGUAAUCAUCACGACGACGCACCGCGUUAACGAACUAGGACGGGAAUAAGCCAUGAUCUCCUCGGCGGAUAAAGAUCCGUCGAUUAUUCAAAUCCAUCUCCCGGGAAGCUCCCACUCUUCCUCCCCUUCUCCGCCGCCUUCACCUACUCUCCCCCGGUCAAAAUCGAAUCACACCUUCGGGCACAGAAUCUCGUGGAUCGUCUUAUCGAUUCUCAUACGACGUCGUCAGGGGAUUCUACUCUUCGCUCCUUUGAUCUACAUCUCGUGUAUGCUUUUUCACAUGCACACGGCGUCGUUUGAUCCUGGUCCCGUUAUUCAUCGCCGUCCCGCGCCUGGAUCCGUUUACAGGAGCCCGCAGGUUUACGCUAAGCUCCGCGCGGAGAUUGACGCUGAUAAUGCCACUGCUGAUGCGAUUUCAACAAUUUGGAAACGUUCCUAUAAAGGUGUGGAGUGGAAGCCAUGCGUGAACAAGUCUAAUGGAGUUUUGCCCGAGUCAAAUGGUUUCAUAUUCAUUGAGGCAAAUGGAGGUUUAAAUCAGCAGCGGACUUCGAUUUGCAAUGCGGUUGCUGUGGCAGGCUACCUUAAUGCGACUCUUGUAAUUCCCAACUUUCACUAUCACAGCAUAUGGAAAGAUCCGAGUAAAUUUGGGGAUAUCUAUGAUGAAGAAUACUUUAUCAGUACCUUGGCAAAUGAUGUGCGGGUGGUCAAUUCGGUUCCUGAGUACUUAAUGGAGCGUUUUGACUAUAACUUGACAAAUGUCUAUAACUUUAGAGUUAAAGCUUGGGCACCCACUAGCUAUUACCGGGACUCAGUUCUGCCAAAGCUACUUGAAGAGAAGGUGAUAAGAAUUUCCCCAUUUGCAAAUAGACUUUCGUUUGAUGCUCCAAGAGCUAUCCAGAAAUUUAGAUGUUUGGCAAAUAAUGUAGCUUUGCGAUUUGCAAAACCCAUACUCACCCAAGGAGAAACACUGGUAAAGAAAAUGAAAAAGCUUAGUGCAAACAACACUGGGAAGUACGUUUCUGUGCAUCUUCGUUUUGAAGAGGAUAUGGUAGCUUUCUCUUGUUGUGUAUUUGAUGGUGGCAACCAAGAAAAACAAGACAUGAUUGCGGCCAGAGAACGGGGUUGGAAAGGGAAAUUCACAAAACCGGGACGCGUGAUACGACCAGGAGCUAACAGGCUCAAUGGCAAAUGCCCUUUGACUCCUUUAGAGGUGGGUUUGAUACUUAGAGGAAUGGGCUUCAACAAAAGCACAUAUAUAUACCUAGCCUCUGGGCCGAUAUAUGGUGGGAACAGAACUAUGGCUCCACUACUCGAGAUGUUCCCUAAUCUUCAGACGAAGGAGAUGCUUGCGUCUGAGGAAGAACUGGCUCCUUUUAAGGGUUUCUCCUCAAGAAUGGCUGCAAUAGAUUACACAGUGUGUCUCCACAGUGAAGUCUUUGUGACAACACAAGGAGGAAACUUCCCUCAUUUCCUCAUGGGGCAUCGGAGGUAUUUGUUUGGAGGACAUUCAAAGACGAUUCGGCCUGACAAGCGAAAGUUAGCAGUACUCUUUGACAAUCCCAAGUUGAGCUGGAGAAGUUUUAAACGUCAAAUGGUAAACAUGAGGUUUCAUAGCGACUCCAAGGGGUUUGAGCUGAAACGAGCUAGUGACUCCAUUUACAUAUUCCCUUGCCCUGACUGUAUGUGCCGCAGGAACAAAACUACAGCAACUACCUGACACAUUUUUUGCCAGAUAUUGUGGAAUCUGGUCCGAUUGUUUAAUUUCAUUGUACUGGUAAAUUCUUUCAAUUCUUUGGCCACAUCCGCAGAAAAGAGCUCUACAGAGAGAGAGGACUAGCCUGCAACUUUCAGGGCUUGUCAAGCAUUCUCCAAGGGUGGGAUUUUUUGGCACGUCGAAGUUGGUGUAUUUUAACUGAGAAAAUGAGAGUAGCUCCCACCAAGAAUCAACCCUGUGCGUUUUGUACAUUUAGUGUUUAGUGUUGGGUUGGCCACAACAAAUAAAUGUAGGGUUUUGGGAGAACGUGAUGCUUCUGUAAAUUUUGGCUAGGUACAUUUUUAUUUAUUUAUUUAUUUCCUAGAGACUGGUCCCUUGUUUGGA